GUAGCUAACACUGUCAUUGGCUCACCCCAUUGAUGUUCCAAGAUCCCACAUUUUUCAGGACCCCGGAAGUGGAGUCAUUGAGCGGUUUCCCAAAAUGGAGAGAAAAGUAAGCCAAAUCUGGCUUGCUUCUGAACCUAAUGUAAUUCAUUUUCUACAAGUGUCCUGGGAGAAAACACUAGGAUCUGGUUUUGUGAUCAUACUUACUGAUGGUCAUUCAGCAUGGACGGGGAAAGUUUCUGCAUCAGAGAUUUCCCAAGAAGCUGAGGACAUGGCAAUGGAGCAAGAAAAGUACGUUGAUGAACUGGGCAAAGCUCUGGUGUCAGGAGCUGGAUCAAUGGACACGUACAAGUUUAAUUUUUCUAAAGAAUCUAGUCAUUUAACCUUGGAAAAAAGCCUGAAAGAUAUAUCAUUCAGACUUGGUUCCUUCAACUUAGAGAAAGUUGCAAACACAGCUGAAGUCAUUAGAGAAAUUAUUUGUUACUGCUUGGACACCAUUGCAGAAAACCAAGCCAAAAAUGAGCACCUGCAGAAAGAAAAUGAAAGGCUUCUGAGAGAUUGGAAUGAUAUUCAAGGACGGUUUGAAAAAUGUGUGAAUGCCAAAGAAGCAUUAGAGUCCGAUCUUUACAAAAGGUUUAUUCUGGUGUUGAAUGAAAAGAAAACAAAGAUCAGAAGCCUGCAUAAACUGUUAAGUGAAUAUCAAGAAGUGGAGAAGAAUACUGAAGAUGACAAAGAAACGACAACUUUUUCUGAAAUAAAUGCUGACCAAAAUGCAAUCUAUGAUGAAAGUACUGAUGAGGAAGGUGGAAACAUGUCUGGCCCAGCUGUGUUGGCUCCAGCCACAUUAAGUAAAGAUGACUCCAUUAUUUCGAGUCCCGAUGUUACUGAUAUCGCACCAAGUAGGAAGAGGAGGCAACGUAUGCAAAAAAAUCUUGGAACAGAACCUAAAAUGGCUCCUCAGCUACCAGAGGAUCAUCAGCUGGCACAGAUGGAAAAGUUUGACUCUUCACUGCCUGAGCCAUUGAAAAAGGAGCACAUUUCUGCUGAAAACAUGUCUUUAGAAACUCUAAGAAACAGCAGUCCAGGAGACCUCUUUGAUGAGAUUUAACAAUCCUGGGAAGUACUUCGUUGUUCACUGGACUGUGAUUUUUACUCACUUCAGAAUCAAAAAGGAAUAUGUCAAUUCAGCCACAGAUCUUAUUGUACCUUACAGCUUAAUUACACGUGCGUUUAGUUGAAUCUGUUCUGCAAACUGGAUUGCACAUGCCCUUGAGGAUAUGAUUGUGUGACGGUGGUAUACUAUGCGAUUCCCCUUGUCUAUAAUUACAUGAAAUCUGACACAUUCCUUGUAUUUGUUCAUGCAUGCUGUAUGUAGAGCUGGCUUUUCAAUGUCUAUAGUUCCUUUAGGCUAACAAUGUUCUUAACAACGUGAGAUUGUAAAUUGUUUCAGGAUAUAUACAGUAUCUUUAGUCUGUACAUAAUG